UUGAAUUUAUUUAUGAGAUAGGUCAAGCACAAAAAAUGUUAACAAAUAGGAGAAUUUCCUCCAUGGACUGAAUUUGAUUCUCACAGUAGUCUUGCUUCACCCUCAAGUUCCAAAAAGAAAGGAAAAAAUCUCCAUAAUGGGUCCCUGCUAGUAAUUUGAUUUCGGGAGAUUACUGAAGCCCCACCGCCAAUAAAAAGUUAAAAAAAUAUCUCCAUUAUAAAUCCGCUAGGGAUUGUGUGGUGUCGGAGGAAAUAAUAAAUAAAUUUUAGUGAGGCUUAGCAAAUAAUUUUCAAUUGGGUUACAAUUUGUGGUAUUGGGUUUUCCAUCCUGAAAUAGAAGCUCUUUCAUUAUUGUGUGGUUGCUGAGGAAACGAUUAAUUUUAGUGAACCCUAUCAAAUGAUUCUCAAUUGAAUUCCAGAUUUUGGCAUUGGAUUUUGCUUUCCAAACCAGUUGGUUCAUUUUCUGCUGAAUAGUGUGUGCGCGAAGAGAAAUUAAUAAGAUUUGGUGUUCUUUCUCAAUGAUAAAUUGGGUGGCAUUUGUGGGAUUGGGUUUUGCCUCCGUUGUGAUUUUUCCUGAUUGGAUAUGCUUCUGCUUAGGACAAUAUGGAGAUAGACCUGCAACUGUGAAUGCGGGUGCUCUUGUGGCCUAUAAUUCCACUAUUGGGAGAGUGGCCAAAAAGGCCAUUGAAUUGGCACUGGAAGAUGUUAAAAAUGACAAAACCCUGCUUAGUGGAACGCAGCUUGUGAUCACCAUGAUGGACUCCAAUUGUAGUGCUUUCAUUGGCACUUCAGCAGCUCUUGAGUUGUCGAAACGCAAUGUAGUGGCAACUGUAGGACCACAAUCCUCUGUGAUUGCUCAUGUUAUUUCGCACAUAGCAGAAGGACUCAAGGUACCACUUUUAUCAUUUGGAGCAACUGAUCCGAGUCUCUCUUCACUUGAGUACCCUUAUUUCCUUCGCUUCACGCAUAAUGAUUUCUCGGAGAUGACAGCAAUUACUGCUGUAUUUGGUUUCUUUAAUUGGAGAGAAGUUAUUGCAAUUUAUGUAGAUGAUGACUAUGGGAGAAAUGGAAUAGCUGCUCUGGGUGAUGCACUUGGGAAACAAGCUAAAAUUGUUCAUAAAUUACGAAUUCCUCCAGACAUCACUAGAAGUAGCCUGGGUAAUAGCUUGAAAGAUUUGGCUUUGAUGACAACUAGAGUUUUUGUCGUUCAUAUGAAUCCAGAUGUUGGUCUGAGGCUUUUCACCGAAGUGCACCGCCUUCAAAUGUUAAGCAAUGGCUAUGUAUGGAUUGCCACAGAUUGGCUAUCCUCUGCUCUGGAUUCCCUUGUUCUUGAUUCAGAUACAAUGAAAUCACUUCAUGGUCUCAUUACUGUGCGGAGGCAUGCUCCCAACUCCCAUCAGCUACAUGAUUUUUCUGUAAGAUGGAAAAAUCUGCAAAAAGCUGGAAAAGUUGAUGCAGGGCUCAAUGUGUUUGGGCUUUAUGCUUAUGAUACAGUAUGGGCACUUGCUUAUGCUAUUGAUUCCUUUUUUAAAAAGGGGGGAAAUUUAUCCUUUACAGAUUAUCCUCACCUAUCCUCUGAAAGUGGAAGUCAAUCAGAGCUAGCAAAGUUCAAGGUCUUCACAGGAGGUCCACAGUUGCACACCAUAUUAUUGCAAACUAACAUGAUGGGCUUAACAGGUCGAGUUCAACUGGAUAGAAGAGGUGAGCUGCUGGGUUCGACUUUUGAGAUAAUUAAUAUAGUUGGAAAAGAUUUCCGCACAGUGAGCUACUGGUCAAAUGCAUCGGGCUAUCUGUUACUCCUCCCGAGAGUAGAAAUGGAAGAUCUGAUAUGGCCUGGUGAUAGAAAACAGGUGCCACGAGGGUGGACAAUUCCAAACAAUGGCAGGCGGCUUAGGAUUGGAGUUCCUUGGAAAGGAGGAGCAUUUGAUAAAUUGGUAAAAAUAGAAGGUUCAAAAGUGGGAGAUUCUUACUGCACCGAUGUGUUUGCUGCUGCAGUGAAGAUGUUGACUUACCCUAUUCCUUAUGAAUUUAUAGUUUAUGGAAGUAAAGAAUCACCUCCCAAUUAUGAUGAACUUGUAAAAAAGGUUGCUUCCAAGGAAUUUGAUGCAGCAAUUGGGGACAUAACAAUUCUGAAAAACAGAUCAAAUUCUGUGGACUUCACCCAACCUUAUCUGGACUCUGGCCUGGUAGUGACAGCUCCUGUCAAAAAGCAAAUAUCAAAUCCUUGGGCUUUUUUGAAGCCAUUUACACCAGAGAUGUGGAUUACAACUGGGGCAUUCUUUCUUGUCGUAGGAGUAGUUGUCUGGAUUUUAGAGCACAAGAAAAACGACGACUUCCGAGGAAAACCAAGAAAACAAUUUGUUACCAUCUUUUCGUUCUCCUUCUCAACAAUGUUUUUUUCCCAUAGAGAACAAGUUGUGAGCUGCCUUGCACGGACGGUUUUAAUCAUAUGGCUGUUUGUAGUUUUAAUCAUCAAUUCAAGUUACACAGCAAGUUUGACCUCAAUCCUUACCGUGCAACAGCUUUCACCCACAAUCAAAGGAAUUGAUGAUUUAAUAUCAAGCAAUGUCCCAAUAGGAUAUUUAAGUGGGUCCUUCGUUAAAAUCUAUUUGUCAGAGGAGCUUAAUAUAGCUCAAUCCAGACUUAUUGGUCUUGAAUCUCCUGAAAGUUAUGCUAAUGCUUUGAUGGAAGGACCAAGCAGAGGAGGUGUGGGAGCAGUUGUAGAUGAGCUUCCAGCUAUCAAAAUCUUCUUAGAAAACCGGUGUGGUUUUAAAAUAGCUGGUCAGCCAUUCACCAAAGCGUCAUGGGGAUUUGUUUUCCAAAAGGGCUCUCCACUAGGAAUGGACAUAUCAACUGCAAUUCUGAACCUUUCAGAGACCGGAGAACUCCAGCGAAUUCAUGAUAAAUGGUUGGGUAAAAGUAGCUGUAAUUCACAUGCCGAGCAAGAAGGACCCAAUCAGCUUGGUCUGACAAACUUUUGGGGUCUUUUCUUGAUUAUGGGCGUGACAUCCUUUGCUGCUCUUCUUGCUUUCGUUUGUUAUUCAGUUAUUCAAUUCAGGAAUCGUCCAAGUACUCCUGAUGGUUCACAGAACAGGAGUGUUCUGAUAAGGUUUCUUUAUUUCGUUUGUGUGGAAAAACAGAUUAAGAAAAGUGAUAGUACAUCCUCACAGAGCAGUACUUGAUAGUGGCUGCCAUGGUCAUAGAUAAUUCAUGCUAACAAAACUCUGCAAAAAAAUGGCGAGCUAUUUGCACUUUUAUGAAUUGUACAGCAUUUUGAAAUUUCUCGAGCUUUUUCCAAUUAAUAGAAAGGAUUUUUAUCUGUUGA